AUUAAGUUCAAAACUACACAUAGCCAUCUUUGACUAGGCCUGUAUGGUACAGCAGGUUUCUUUGCUGUCAAUCAAACCCCCUCCCGCAGCUGUUCCCAAUCCAGACCGUGAAUCAGGCUCUCAGACGAGGCAGCGGUUUCCUUCCGAGCAGCUCUGCCUAGGCGCACCUACCGCUUCAAAGACAAACUUUUUUACAAUUUCUUUUUAUUCCUCUCGUUGCUCCUGUGAAAUGCCAUUAGUUGAGGACCCUGCUUAUCUCUCUAAGGCUCGCCUGAAGUCAGAUUUAGUUGCCCACAAUGUGGAGCUGCCACCUGCAGCGAGCAAGAAGGAGAUUUAUGUGGAGCUGCACCUGAAACACAUCGAUCAGAAAAACGCUGCGGAUUUCUCCAGCGAUGACGAGGAUCAAGUGCUUGAUGUGGCAGUUGGGGAUGCAGAAGAUGCAAAGAUGCCUGAGCCAUGUGCAUUGACUGAUAAGGGUCUCAAGAAUUUGUUACUCAAACAUGGAGUAAAAGCUGGGCCCAUUGUAGCCUCCACCAGGGCCGUGUAUGAGAAGAAACUCAGGAAACUGCUUCAGUCUGAUAGAGAUGAGGAAUUCAAUGAAGCAGAGAAUGCUGUGCUGUACUCAGACAGUGACGUGGAAGAGGAAGGGGAAGAGGAGAAUGCAUCAGAGGGAGAGCAAGAAAAACCAGCGGAACCAUUCGAGCUGAACCAACAACACAAUAAAAAUGUGCGUGUUCAGAGGGACGACUUUGCUUAUCCACAGUGCUUUUUCUUAUCAUCAAGGCUGCGUCCUUGUUCUCAUAGAAACAAUGAACAUAGUUCCAAGAGGAAUUCAAAGAAUGCAUUAAAAUCAUCAGAGCGGACUCGAGCACACUGCUCACAGAUUCCUACAGGCAUUGGCAAAGUCUCCUUCAUAGCUCAACACUCAGGAUUCAGAUCAGAGGUUCCCUCUGGAUCUCAGUCAGUGGUGCCCAAAGGCUGCUCAUCAUUUUCCUCACAGGCUUUCAGCAUCACUCAGAUGGUUGAAAAGAUGGAAAGUCGGAACUCACCCUCUGCUUGCUCCGACAAAGAGUUGAACUACAGCAGUAAGCCGGAACAUUGGUCACGCUCCAGCAGGCUGGACAAGGAGGUUGAAGACAAGGACAUAAUCAUGGACCAGGCAGUGUACUACACUCCCAAGGAUUGUAAUUGUGUAAAGGAAAUCAAGCAUCCUCAGAAACCAGUGAAAGAUAUUUUAAAAGACAUCUUCCCAGACACAAAGACCACGCCAACUGGGAUCUAUGCCACUGCACGGAGACCCAUCAAGGGUGCAGCGCAGCGGCCCAUCCAGUAUUCAUACCCCAGCACUCCAGUCAGUCCUACUACCCUGGAAAGGCGAGAAGUGGAGAGGCGUCUUGUACCCAUCUAUGCCCAGAUUUUGGUCUUCUUCACUGUGGUGUGCGUCCUUUACUUAAUUUCUGUUAUUGUGGAGGACAACAGCACUGUGGUGGCCUUGCUGGAGAGUCUUAACCACUGGUCAGACAGUGCAGAGGGAAUUCCAGUGCUGGAUCAGACACAGGACAAACAGUCAGUCUCUGGAGAGCUUUAAUUGUUUCAUUUACCAAUCUGUGUUGACAUAAACGUGUGAGCUUGCUGAUUUAGGCUAAGGCUAAGACAUGAACAAUAUUAGUUAAGAAUCUGCCAGUCAAGUUUAACAUUUUUGCAUUUUCUUUUGUUUGAGUCUAAUCGUAACACGCUUUUAUCACCAUGUAAGUACUAGAAAAAACACUUAGGAAAUAGGAAGAUUUAUUCGUAAAUAAAAAUUGUAAUGUAUAUUGCUGAUUUAAAUUGGGUUUUAUCCCAAUCCUUGUUCCUUGAAUUUGUAUUGUAUUACUUGUAUGUUUUUUAUAUUUGAUGGUUCAAUAAAGGAUAUUUUGCUCCAAA